UCAACAAACAUCAACGACAAUUGUAUCCUUCUUCCUCAGUUGAAUUCAGAAUGAUUUCUGUAAAUCACUGCCGAAGUUUGAUUCAAUAAAAAGCAUACAAAACAAAGUGAAAAGGAGAAAUAAAAAACUUUAGUAUAAAGCAAAACAAAAUAAGGGAAGAAGACGGGCGGUUGAACAUCGGUUGCAGUCAAACCAAACAAUAAUACUCCUAUAUUUAUACUCCAAGAUAUUUCUCAUUUGAUGGGGGACGAAGAAAACACACAACACCCCAAUUCAAAUCCCACUCCAAAUUCAAAUCCGGGGCCUAAUCCAAACCCGGAUCCGAGCCAGGCCCCAGGGGCUCAAUCUGCAGCUGUGACUUUGGAGACGGAGAAAGGGGCGGGUACAGAUAUGGCUAGAGCUUCCACCUCUUUAGCCCCUAAACCUUCUUGGUUUACUCCGAAAAGGCUUCUUGCUAUUUUUUGUGUGAUCAACUUGAUAAAUUACAUUGAUCGUGGAGCUAUAGCGAGUAAUGGUGUAAAUGGGAGCGCCAGAACUUGCUCAGAAAGUGGUGUAUGCACACCUGGUAGUGGAAUUCAGGGUGAAUUUGACAUGACUAACUUUGAGGAUGGAGUUAUAUCAUCUGCUUUCAUGGUUGGCCUCCUUGUGGCAUCUCCGAUAUUUGCAUCUACAGCCAAGAGGUAAUAAACCUUCAAACUCAUGACUGUUUUUUUCGUAGUGGCCCUACUGAGCCAUGAUAAGAAAAUGUUUUCGUUCCUUAUUGUUGUGCUGUUACUUAAUUUGUGGCUGGAGUUCGUUUUCUGUAGGCUAGUGGGUGUUGGCGAGGCUUCAUUCAUAAGUCUUGCUGCUCCUUUCAUAGAUGACAAUGCCCCAGUCACACAGAGAAUAGCAUGGCUUGGAGCAUUUUACAUGUGUAUACCAACUGGUGUUGCAGUGGGGUACGUUUAUGGUGGAUUGAUUAGUACCUUUGGUUGGCGAUGGGCAUUCUGGGUGGAGGCACUAUUGAUGCUUCCUUUUGCUAUUUUAGGCUUUGUGAUGAAACCAUUACAGUUGAAAGGUUUUGGUCCUGCUGAAGCUAGCCAGCCUUUGACAGCAGCGGAUGAUGGAUCAGAAGAUCAAGGGUCUGACCUUUCUACAAGGGGAGUGGUUGGUGAUGAAAGUUCAAAAUCUUUGAGGUUCGGAGCUUUAACGGCAUUUGGGAAAGAUAUGCAACUUCUUUUGCUUAACAAGGUGUACGUGGUUAAUGUUCUUGGGUAUAUCGCAUAUAAUUUUGUGAUAGGUGCCUAUUCUUACUGGGGACCUAAGGCGGGCUAUAAUAUAUACCACAUGAGCAAUGCAGAUUAUAUGUUUGGUGGAGUUACAGCGAUCUGUGGAGUCUUCGGGUCAAUAGCAGGCGGUCUUGUUCUUGAUCGUAUGAAUUCCACAUUACCCAAUGCAUUUAAGCUUCUUUCGGUUGCUACACUCCUUGGAGCAGCAUUCUGCUUUGCUGCCUUUUGUUUCCAUAGCCUGUAUGUUUUUCUGGCACUUUUUGCAAUCGGAGAGUUGCUCGUAUUUGCUACUCAGGCCCCUGUAAAUUUCGUUUGUCUGCAUUGUGUCAAGCCUAGUCUUCGACCACUAUCAAUGGCAAUGUCUACUGUAUCAAUUCACAUAUUUGGUGAUGUGCCCUCCUCUCCCCUUGUCGGGCUUCUCCAGGAUCGGAUUAACAAUUGGAGGGUUACUGCCCUUACUUUGACGUCUAUUCUAUUCGUGGCUGGUGCAAUUUGGGUUAUAGGAAUUUUCAUGCCUGCUGUGGAUAGAUAUAACGAAGAUGCUGAGCACCCAGCUCUGGUGGUGGAUAAGUCGAAUUCCACUCCGUUGCUUAAGGAGAAGAUGGCGGAACCAGCUUAGGGUUUGGAGUGUUUGCGUCGCAUCAUCGUUUCCUCAGCUAGAGGUCCGACUUCGCUAAGACUUUUUUGGCAUACAAGCAAGUGGGAGACAUGGUUGGAUUUUUCACCUAGUUUGUGUAAAUUCUUCCUUUCAAUUUUCAUCAUGUAUAUAAUCUGAUAUUUGCCCAGAAAUGUCCAUAUGUUUAUGGCAUUAGUUGCCUUGUAAUAGUAUUGGGACUGGUUUUUCAUCCCUAACUAUUGUGAUUUGAUAUUGAAAUUUCGAAUUCGUAGCUGUGAUGGCCAACUGUAAUUUCUUUCAUCACAAAAGGUCAGAUAAGGGAAUCGCAAGACAUGUUUUUAUUUCU